AUGAGUGUAAUUAAUUUUCUGACGUCGAAUCAAGUACUAUGCCAAUCGUCAUCUGUUCUAUUGCAUCGUCAAGCUGUAUUCAAGGAAUUCCUCGAUAGAAAUUCUGAAUUUUAUCGGAGUCAUGUAAUAAUCAAUCUGCUAUUGUCGAAUAUUUAUCUGGUCAUUCGCCUUCGACAAUCCGACGACGCGCUGCUGGUAUCGACAUGUGACAGUAACAUCACGACCGAUUCCAAUUCGCCAUCAUCCGAUCAGACGAUAGACGAGUUGACUUUCAAGACUAGUCCGUUGCCUAACUUGGAAAGGCAACGUACUAAUCAAGCUCUCUCACUCUUACAUUCAGAGAAGCAGCAAGUUAGCGCCGACGUCGGUUCAGAUACACCGACGGACGGUACGUUCGAGAGUUUGAGUAAUGAGGGCGAAAAAAUCUUAUGGAUGGCUGAAGAGCGAGUCACCAAAACAGCUGAGGAAAUACAAGCUGUUCUCAGUACACUCAGCGACCGAUACGUGAUCAUCGCGAUCAUCAUCGGAGUGACCCUGUUGGGAAUCGCAGCACUUUUGCUGUACUUAAAAUUCACUGGAUGCCUCGGUUCAAGUAGCAACGUCCGAAUCCAAUUCCCAUCCACCUUCGACAACGAACGCGUGACUGCCAGGGGCAUCGAACUCAAGGAAAUGGUACGACGCCCGGAACCAACAAAUGCAACUCCGACGGUACAACGCCCGAGACUAAGAAAUGCGACACCUGGGAUCCUACUCCAAAGGCCAGCAUCAAUAUUUUCACCUUUGAUAAGUCCACUAUAA